AUGAAUGGAGCCGAAAUAAGCGAUGGAGGACUUGGGACAGAAUGCGGCGACGUAGGAAACGUCGAUAUCCCUCCUGGGGCAGAAUUUGAGAGCUGUAAGGCUUGUAAGGAUGACUGCAAUACCGCCUGCUCCAACUUUGAUCCCAUCCUGAACGGGGUCAUACAACCGCUUCUGGUCAAAUACGAGUCAAGCAACCUCAAGGCUCUGCUCGAAGGUUACAAACGGGAAACUAAGCGAAGAACGCAUCCCUUGUGUUUGCGAGAAGUGGAGUGUUACUUGGUCUCAGCGGCCGUGGAGUGGGCAGCAGAUAGAGCAGACUAUUUACAAUUUUGCUCUCGUCUCAUCAUACAGAGUCACCGUGCACUGACAACGAGCGAAAGCCGCCGAGUCGAUCCGAACCAAACAUUGACCAAUGAGGAAUACUAUGAGAAACUGUGGGACAAAGUCUGCGAUAACUCUCAGGUACUCCCAGUUUCUGAGGGGAGCGAAGCCCUGUUGGCUGAGCUCACCAACAAGUCGUGGCUGUCUCCAAUAUCCGGGCGCAACGUCGAGAAUACCCGAAAAGGAAACGACCCUCCUGACUCUGCCUAUGUUUCUACAUCCCGACAUGAUGCUUCGUGUGCACCAGUCCCAGGCCCUGUUGACUUGGAUAUUCUUAAAAACUGCCAUGUCGAGAAUGUCAGGAAAGAGAAGGAGUUUGCCGACUCUGCCUAUGUUUCUGCAUCGCGACAUGAGGGUUCGUGUGCGCCAGUUCCUGGCCCUUUUGAGUUGGAUGAUCCUGAGACCUGCGAUUCGCGAACAAAAUUUUCACAUGCCUCCAGCGUCUCCGAUGGUAGAAUAGUAAACUACCUAUCGGUUCUCUGUGAGGAAAUUCACGGCGCCCUGCAACAGACAUUCGAUCCCCUGAAAUGGGCCAAAGUAUCAGAGAAGCUUCCGGAGCUGUUGAAGGCGUUUGCUAUCAAACUUGGCAAUGCCGAAGGCUCCAAACAGCACUGGGAGAUUAUGUACUUUGUGUAUCGGCGCCACAAUGAUAUAGCAAGCCACUUGCAGUCACUCUUUGGCUGUAAGACUGCGGAUCCGGAGAAGGGUGGUCCCAGAGCAAUGUCGUUGGAGGAUAAAAUGCUCCUGUGGGAUCAAAAGACUAUGGAGAACACUCCGACCUUUCAGCCGGGCGAAUUAUUUCAAGGCAUCUCAGAAGAACCGAUUAUCCGCACAAGUAAUGUUGAAGCCUACAAAUCACUCAUCCUCGAGAACCCAGCAUAUGGGUGGCUUCUCUCGAGUUUGAAGCAAAACUCAAUCUUAGAAAUGGAGAAUUCGGCUCAAACUCGCAUUCGGGAAAAGGUGCUCCGACAACUUCCUACUGGUAACAUGAGCAGGAAGUCAGCGCCUCAGAUCCAUCACUGCAGGAUCGACUUUCAAUUGGAUCCAGCUGCCUACCGUCAUCACCUUCCUGGAGACUACAGCAACCCCGUACGUGACCUAGAUGCAAAAAGGGUCCUUGUAGCUUCCUCUUCAUACGUUCAAGUGGUAACUGUGAAGCAAUAUUUUGAGCAAACUUGGUCGUUCAAUGGACCGAGCUUUCUGGAUGCCUUUCUCGUUAUUGCGAAUCUUGCUCCUGGCAAGAAGUAUUCGGGUGAGCUGCCCGACAAAACAAGACUAAGUGCCAAUGCUGCGAACAAGGGAUUCCAGCUAACAGUAUCUGGCUCUGCGGCUUCCGCUGCAGAAUGUGCUGAACAGCUCGCCUGGCUGAUGGCUGCUCUGGAAUCAUCAUUGCGAAACUCCUUGGCCACUUGUCACCCAUUCAUCGAGAGCAUUCCUGAACAGGUCCCAUCACAGCGUGUUGAGUCCACCGCGCACUUCAGUAUAUGUCAGAACGUCGUUCAAAAACCCGCAUUAGCUCCGGCUUUGCGUGAAUGGCAGGAAUACCUUGGAAUGCCACCCCUUGUCGUAGGAUUUCCUGUCCUUGCGCGGCCCAAAGGCUGUGAUGGGCUCGAAAUCCAUUCUCUUGCCGACCUACUUGACUUCUGUAAAGCAUCAGAUGUGACACUCGUUGAAGGGGCCACUUUCAUUGAAGGCCAGAAGACCGUAUUGGUUGCCUCCCAGACAAUUGGAAACAUGGUGAUUUGGAUGAAUGCAGAUCGAGGCGAUAUCAACCCCUCGGGCUUUAGUCGUAUGACGAUCUCUGUGAAAGAUCGUCUAGAAGGAGCGCGUCACAUAUAUGAUCCAAGGCCGUCGAAAGAAUCGCUUCGUUUUGGGGAUGAUGUUUCCGACUCCGAAUCUAUUGUAUUUGACCAGGACGGACAGCGCUUGAGUGUGAGCCGCAAUUCAUCCUCGGAGUAUCUCGACUCGGAUAUUUUAUCCUUGGACGAGUCAUCCGACAGCAUGCAAUCGUUGAGUUUAGGCGAGUCUGGCUAUCAAGUUCUAGACGGUUGCUUUGAGCGGCUAUGGUCUGAGUUUCGAGGUGCAAGCCCAGGUUUCAAACAAGAAAGUGGUAGUAGUGGCAAUUCAAGCUUGAAACCAGAAUCCAAUACCAAUGAUACGACUGGCUUCAACGCGAAUCAAACAAGAAGACGCAAGAGAGCUCUGCCUCCUGACGGCGGCGAAGAUGGAGCGCCCAGCCCAUCUAAGCCACCAUCCAAAAGACUAAACUCCGAGGCCGAAGGAAAGCAAUGGGCCUGUCCCUUUUGGAAGAAGAAUGCCGACCAUCACCGUGCCUGCUUUCGGUACAAACUCAUGAGAGUGCAGGACGUAAAGCAGCACCUAGUCAGGAGGCAUACUCCGAAAUUCUAUUGCGAGUGCUGUCUAAAAAUCUUUGCUGACGAGAUACAACAUCAUGAGCAUGUCACCCACGCAAACGGGGACUAUUGCAAGCGAGACCCAGCAGCUGAGCUGAAAGGAAUCUCGCAUCAGCAAAGUCGGGAGCUUUCUACAAAAUCAAAGAAGGCCUCCUCUGAGAUAGAAAGAUGGUAUCACAUUUGGUACAUUCUUUUCCCGGGAAUUCAGGCUCCAAGAUCACCGUAUAUGGAUUCUGAGCUCUCAGAGGAUAUGUGUGCCUUCCAUGAGUUCUUCGAUCGUCGAGGCCAAAGCAUUAUAGCUGAGGAGCUUGAAAACGAUCCAGUCUUGGCCAGUACGCCACACAUGCACAGACACCAUAUCCAAAACCUUUUUGUACGCGGACUCAGCAGAGUGUUUGAUUCCUGGAGGACUACACGAGGCCCGGUUUUGGGGAGUGAUGCCGUUCAGAUCCCAUUCACGCCUAGCGGUCUUGAUAGAGGCCGUAGCUCUUUGGGAACUUCUAAUGUUCUGGUUGGCGAACCCAGCAUGGCGUCAUCCGACUACGUUUCUAUUCCUGUGGGAAUGCCACAGGGCUCCUCGUAUAAUCGAAUGCCACAGGAGACCCCAUAUAAUGAACUUCCACAAGGCUCUCCCUAUGGUGCAGCAGUAACACAAGGCUCUCCAAAUGGUAAUCAGUCCGAGUACCCGCCUUCUUCAGGAUUUGCCUUUUCGUAUUUCGAGUCAGAGGCGAGUUUUUCCGGUGAUCCAAACUUUUGCUUCACUCCCGGCGACCUACUCCAGGAUACAACUGAAGAAUAUUUCAACACCGAGCCGUAG